AUGAAGCAGAGAUAUUCUUCCUUGGAUGUAAAGGUCAUAAGCCGUGAGCUCUCUGCCAAUAUCCUUGGCCUGAGAAUCGCCAACAUCUACGAUAUCUCACCACGCACCUUUCUUUUCAAACUCGCGCUACCCGAUAUUAAAAAACAGCUUAUCAUCAAUGCGGGUUUCCACUGCCACCUCACGGAGUCAUCACGCACUACAGCAGACGCACCCUCUCACUUUGUCAGCCGGCUCCGGAAACUCCUGAAAACGAGACGAAUCACCGGCGUCCGCCAGAUAGGUACAGACCGAAUCCUUGAGUUCGAGAUAAGUGAUGGUCUUUUCCGUUUAUACUUGGAGUUUUUUGCGGCCGGGAAUCUCAUCUUGACGGACGCAAAGUAUGGGAUUGUUGCGCUGCUGCGGCAUGUUGCUCCCGGAAGUGAUGUUGAGGAGGUCAAGGUCGGCAUGUCGUAUAAGUUGGAAAGCAAGAUGAAUUAUAAUGGCAUUCCUCCACUCACCAUCGACAGGCUCAAGGCCACACUCGAAAAGGACACCGGAUCAAAGGUGCUGAAGCGGAGUUUAUAUUUUGGAUUUCCAGAAUAUCCUCCUACAUUACUUGACCAUGCCUUUCAUAUUAUUGGAUUUGAUUCGAAGCUUCAGCCAGCACAAAUCCUGACUGACAAUAAUUUGAUUCAUGGUCUUAUGGGUGUUCUUCAAGAGGCUGAUCGAGUGAAUAAUGCAUUAUCCUCCGACCGUCAGACCCCUGGGUACAUCCUAGCCAAGAACAUCGUACCCGGAACUGCUGACGGAGCAGAGGGAACACAGUCGGCUCCUACGAUUGAAUUUAGAGACUUUCACCCGUUCGAACCCAGUCAAUCGAAAGACCUCCCGAAUACAACUAUGCUACGCUUUGACACUUUUAACAGUGCGGUUGAUAAAUAUUUCUCUUCAAUAGAAGCUCGGAAGCUUGAGUCUCGUUUGACGGAACGCGAGGAUGCUGCGAGAAAAAAACUUGAAGCUACAAAGCGAGACCAUGAAAAGAGAGUGAAUGCUCUAAAAGAGAAACAAGAGUUUCACGUUCGAAAGGCGCAUGCUAUUGAAGCGAAUCUUCCACAAGUGGAGGACGCGAUAAAUGCUGUCAACGGCCUGGUUGCGCAGGGCAUGGACUGGGUUGAGAUUGCUAGGUUGAUUGAAAUGGAACAGGCGAAGGGUAAUCCCGUUGCUCUGUGUAUAAAGUUACCUCUUAAACUGUAUGAGAAUACAAUCACAAUCCUCCUAACUGAGGAAACAGCUGAAACUGAAGAUGAAGAUGAGGAGUCAGAUGAAUCUGAGGGAGACGACGAGGACGAGGAUAAUGACUACGGCGAUGAUGAAUAUGAGAGGCCCAAGCACAAGAAAAUGACGGCAAAAACUCAGAAAGAGAAAAAGGAGAGGAAGGACAACCGAUUGAGCAUUGAUAUCGAUCUGGGGAUUUCUCCAUGGGCUAACGCUCGACAGUACUAUGACGAGAAGAAAAUAGCAGCUGUGAAGGAAGAGAAGACACUGAAGGCUUCUACCAAAGCCAUCAAGAGCACCGAGAAGAAGGUCAAAGCGGAUCUCAAGCUUGCGCUGAAGCAGGAGAAGCCUGUUCUUCGCCGAGCCAGAAACCCAGCGUGGUUUGAAAAGUUCUUCUUUUUCAUCUCCUCAGAUGGUUACCUUGUUAUCGGGGGGAGAGAUCAACAGCAGGACGAGAUACUAUUUCAGCGCUAUCUUAAAAAAGGAGACAUCUAUGUACAUACUGACCUGGAGGGUGGAGUUCCGUUGAUUGUAAAGAAUAAACCCGAAUUCCCGGAUGAUCCAAUUCCUCCCAAUACAAUCUCACAGGCGAGUGCAUACUCUGUUGCUUCCUCAAAGGCUUGGGAUACCAAAGCAGCAAUGGGUGGGUGGUGGGUUCAUGCAUCUCAGGUGUCAAAGGUGACUUCUACCGGUGAUAUUCUUAAAGCCGGCCAUUUUAUGAUAAAGGGGGAGAAAAACCACCUUCCGCCGGGACAGAUUGUUCUAGGGUUUGCGGUAUUAUUCCAACUCUCGCCUCAAAGUGUUCAGAACCACACGAAGUCUGUACCGUCCGCGUCAGAUGAAAUUGAGAUAAAUGAUCAACAUUCAUCCAGUGCACCCGAUGCAUUGCAGGCAGAAACUGGCCAAUCGGACCAUCAGGAAGAUGUGUCUCGCGAAUAUGCAGAUGCAUCCGCGUCAGAUACAGGGGGGGAGGAAGAGCACGAAGAUGACAAGAAAAAUACACAUUUGGAGGAAACAGUACAGUCUGUACAACUUGAAAACGAUGAGGCCACAAAUUCAAAUCUGGGUUACUCGCACGACGAUGAGAAGCGGGACGCCCCGCAGGUUGAGAGGGAACUUGUCCCAGAUAACUCCGUGGAUGCAGAUGAAGUGGAAGAGGAUGCUGACCAGUCCGAAGACGAAACUCAGUUGUCAGCCCCUUCAGCUAUUCAAGGGUCUCGGCCGGCAACACCGUCGGUUAUCAGCUCUACAGGAACACAGAAAUCCAAGCCGCCCGUUCGCGGUAAACGAGGGAAGGCAAAGAAGCUAGCUACAAAAUACAAAGAUCAAGAUGAAGAAGAUCGUAAGCUUGCACUGCGACUCCUGGGAUCAGCCCCUGGGUCUACAACCGUUAACAAAACAAAAACGAAGGCAGAUAUUGAAGCUGAGCGUGAAGCACAAAAGGAACGACGUAGAGCACAACAUGAACGUGCCCUGCAGGCGGUGAAGCGGCAGCAAGAAGCAUUUACCCGGCACUCCGUAGAGGAUGCUUCUGGGGAGGAACAUAAACUCGACUUUUCAAUGCUGCCUGCUCUGGUUGGAACUCCAGUGGAGGGAGAUGAAAUUGAAGCUGCCAUCCCCGUAUGCGCCCCCUGGACCGCGCUGGGACAGUAUAAGUACCGUGCAAAGCUACAACCCGGAAAGGUAAAGAAGGGAAAAGCCGUUAAGGAUAUACUUGCUAAAUGGAUACAUGAUGCCAGUGCCUUACAAGCACGGUCUACUGGGAGUAAACCUCCACACACAGGCGAUUCUGAAGAGGUCAAGGAUACAGCGGAGGAAUCAACUGAAAACGCUGAAGAUGCAAACCAGUUGCUUUCUAUGGAACUGGACUGUAUUAAAGCCUGGAGAGACGUUGAGGUUAUGAAUACAUUACCUGUUGGUGGGUUUACUAUUGUUUCUGUUGCUGGUGCCGGAGGCUCCAGUUCUGGCGUGGGACCAAAGAGCGUAGAAGGCAAAGGGAAAGGAAAGGGGAAGAAAACAGGGACCGCUAAAGGGGGUAAAGGAGGCAAAAAGAAAUAA